GGAUAACUGCCUACUUAAGCGGCGAACUUGACACUCGCUAGUCACAAGUCACAAGCUAGCGAGCUAGUCACAGCUAAAACCUGAGGAAGAGAAGAAGACAUUGAAAAUUUCAAAGUAAAAGAACAGUACUAGACGAAAGAUUCUAUAUAAGAGUAUUUCAAGUACAAAAACGAUGAAGAGCAUUUUUACAUUCCUCGCUUUCGUUUUGGUUUGUUCCAUCUUGCUUUCCUCCUUCGAAGAGGCAGAAGGUGUGGGUUUCAUUACCGAGUGGACGAGGCCAAGUCGCUCCGGCAGAUCUUCAAAGAAGAGUAAUGGAAAGAGCAAAAAUCUAAAACGACAGUUGAAACAUCAAAUGAAGAAGGUGAUGAGGAGCUUGAGGAAGGCCAGACAAAGUGAAGCGAUUCUUCGUCGUAUGUUGCACGCGGUAAGUGGUUGAAACCUUAUAAGAUCGACGCUUAAGACGGUCCGCUAACGGCAAACGGCAAAUUUCAAAUCCCAGGUAAAUUUUACAGGUUUUCGACAGCUAAGUCAUGCUUCAAUUUUGAUGCACAAUUUGUUCUACCUUCGAACAGCUAACAGUUGACUUCGAAAUACGAUUUGAAGUUUAGUGCCGUUUACGGUUAGCGAUUUGCCAACAAUGUCUCUCAUUGAAGAUAUUUACAUUUAGAUGAUAGGGUGUAUUUAUAGAGAAAAUGACACGUUGAUGCCAAUCUUAAUUAUAAGUUUGGAAAUAGGUAUAUAAUAGCCGUUAAAUUCUGAUUUUUGCAUAACUUGGAACGCACAAAAUUUUUAAACCACGGUUUAAAUAGGGGCUGGAAUCUAUACUGCAUCUAUAUCCUCUUGGGAGAACAGUUUAAAACUGUCCAGUUUAAAUAAAGUUUAGUUUAGGUUUCCUUCUGUAUACUAACAUACUGGACUAAUGAGUAAUUACAAAGGGCUCUUUAUAGCAGACCUCUAGAGAGAACAACGGGGAACUGAUAGGGCUAUCUAGUACUCAGUGGAACCCUUUUCAAAAAAUAGAAUUGAAAUGAGUCAAUGCCCUGUUGAUGUUGUUGAAAGUAUGACUUGGUGGCAAAAUACUUUGGUUUGUUUAUAGUUACCACGCAUAUUUACUUUCACCCACUGUGAACGUUUGUUUAAACAGAAAAGUUUGAUCUUGCGGUUACUAACGUAAAUUCAAAUCAACAAGACGUUUAUUAGACUCAAGUAUACGAUUAAAAAAUAAACACUUUUGAAACGCUAUUAAUAGUUUAAAAUGCCUGGAAAAAUUUCAGUGAUUCGUGGCAGUGUUAAGUACCGUUUGUAUAAAAGCGAUGCCGUAUUGUCUGACCGCAAAUAUGUCGUUUUCAAUUUCGAUACAAUAACAAGUCGAACUAAACUAACUUUAUUUGUACUGGAUAGCUUUGUCAAUUCUAGAUUGUUCUCCCUAGAGGUCCAAGGAAGGAUCAUCUCUUAUUGAUCCAGUUUUACUACAGCUAGGAGGAAACCUAAACUAAACUAACUUUAUUCAUGGAUAGCUCAAUCAGUUCUAGACUGUUCUUCCUAGAGGUUUAGUAAGAGGCAUUCUGCAUAACUGAACGAGUUCUUACACAAAGACAGUUGAAUUGUUAUGCGUGGAUUAUUGUUAUUCUAUAUAAAUUAUUAUAAGUAUUGUGGUUUUCAAUAAUAACCUUAAAUUUUUCCUAUUUUUAGACCAUACAAUGAAUCAUUGCUGGUUCUGUGGAGUUCAGUAAAGACGGAGGAAUGAUGAGGUUCAUAUGUGGUGAAGAAUGGGCAAAUCCAAGAUGGCUGCACUCAAUCGAAGAUGACGACCAGUCGAAAUACAGGCGUUCCGUAGUGACAGGAAGUUUUACAUUCUUGCACAGCCACGAUGCAUGCCAAACAAAGGGACUUUUGACUCGAAGUUUCCUUGGAAUUCCAGAACAAUCCAACAGCAAUUAUUUAAUGAACUAUUUAUCUGUAAAGUAUUUAUUUUGAAAUAUGAGAAGUAUGUAAAAUUAUUUAUUUAUAGCAAAGUAAAAUACUCGUGAAUGAAUGUAUAGUAUAUAUUCAGA